UGUUCUCUGCAACUAGGAAAGGAACUCCCUAGGAUCCCGCCCAGGACCUGGAAUUCUGAAGCUUACAGACCAGACACCUUUGCACCUCGCUCCCCCUGCUCUGGCCCCACCCUCCCAUCUUUCCCCACCCCUGCACCUGGGUGGAGCCCGAUGCCAAGGCGGCAAAGCCUCUCAGUCUUCCAACCGUGCUCUGCCCAGAGCGGAGGCCAAAAGAGGGCCCUGAGCCCGGCCCCAUGAGGACGCUACUGACCAUCCUGGCCGCGGGAUCCCUGGCCGCUCACGUGGCUGAGGGCACCUCGGAUCUUCUUCAACACGUAAAAUUCCAGUCCAGCAACUUCGAAAACAUCCUGACGUGGGACAGCAGGCCGGAGAGCGCCCCAGACACGGUCUACAGUGUUGAGUAUAAAAAGUACGGAGAGAGAGAGUGGCUGGCAAAGGAGGGCUGCCAACGGAUCACCCGGAAAUCCUGCAACCUGACCUUGGAGACGGGCAACCCCAUGGAGCACUACUAUGCCCGCGUAACUGCUAUCAGCGCUGGAGGCUCGUCGGCCACCAAGAUGACCGACCGGUUCAGCUCCCUGUAUCACACUACCAUCAAACCACCCAAUGUGACCUGUAUCCCCAAGGUGAGAUCCAUCCAGAUGAUUGUCCAUCCCACCACCACGCCUAUCCACACAGGGGAUGGUCACCGGCUAACCCUGGAGGACAUCUUCCCCGACCUGUCCUACCACUUAGAGCUCCAGGUCAACCACACCUACCAGAUGCACCUUGGAGGCAAGCAGAGGGAAUACGAGUUCAUUGGCCUGACCCCCGACACAGAGUUCCUUGGAGCCAUCAGGAUUUUUGUUCCAGCCUUGGUCAGAGAGAGCGACCCCUACAUGUGCCGAGUGAAGACCUUGCCAGAUCGGACGUGGACAUACUCCUUCUCGGGCGCCUUCCUGUUCUCCAUGGGCUUCCUCGUCGCAGGGCUCUGCUACCUGAGCUACAGAUAUGUCACCAAGCCACCUCCGCCUCCCAACUCCCUGAACGUCCAGCGAGUCCUGACCUUCCAGCCUCUGCGGUUCAUCCAGGAGCACGUGCUGAUCCCUGUCUUCGACCUGAGCAGCCCCGGCAGUCUGGCCCAGCCCGUACAGUACUCUCAAGUCAAGGUCUCCGGGCCCAGGGAGCCCCCGGGAGCCCCACCACUGCACAGCCUGUCUGAGAUCACCUACCUCGGGCAGCCAGACAUUUCCGUCCUCCGGCCCUCUGGAGUGCCGCCUCACCAGGCACUCUCCCCACUGUCCUGUGCGCCCCAGGCUUCCCCGGAAGUUAGGCCCCCACCCUAUGCACCUCAAGUAACCCCCGAAGCUAAACCUCCAUCAUACACGGCGCAGGCCAUCUCUGAGGUCCAGCCUCCCUCCUACACUCCUCAGACCACUCCAGACAGCUGGCCUUCUUCCUAUGGGAUGUGUGUAGAAGGUUCUGGCAAAGACUCCCCACCUGUGACACUCUGUAGUCCCAAACACCUCAGGCCUAAAGGUCAGCUCCAGAAAGAGGCACCAGCUGGAAGGUAUAUCCCCGAUGGCCUUUCUCUGCAAGGGAUGACCUCCUUGGAUAUGGGGGACCCCCAGGAAGCAAAUUCCUUCCACCAGCAUCUGGGAGUUCACACGGACAGAGUACCUGACCCCAGUGUGCUACACAGAGGGGAACUAGGGACACCGUCGUACCUGAAGGGCCAGCUCCCCCUCCUCUCCUCUGUCCAGAUCGAGGGCCACCCUGUGUCCCUCCCUUUGAACACUCCUUCCCUCCCCUGUUCCCCCACAGACCAGGAACCAAGUCCCUGGGGCCUGCUGGAGUCCCUCGUGUGUCCCAAGGACGAGGAGCCUGUAUCUGAGACUGAGGCCCAGAGCCCGGCCCCUCAGGCAUCAGACCUGAAGCAGCCCACAGAACUGGACUCUCUCUUCAGAGACCUGGCCCUGACCGUGCAGUGGGAGGCCUGAGCGGAGAACAGGGCGGGCCUGGGGCUUCCUCCCUGUCCCCGCCCUACCUCCCAUCACUGGCUGUCACUCCCACACCCGACCAUGCUGCACACUAUGCAGCCCGGCCGCAGGUGAGUGCCCUUGAAAGAACCGAAGGAAAGAAGGACACGGGGCCCCUGCCAUGGGUGAGCUAUGGUUGGAGCAAAACCAUGAUAAGGACUGCAGCGGGGGAGUUCUGGGUAUGCAUCGUAUGCAAAUGAGCAUGUGCAAGCAGAGCCCUGAGGGGAGAAGCAGUGUGGGGAGUUAACGCAGGAGGCUUCACGGAGAUCCGGCGCCCCCCUCUCCUAAGAUGCUGGACACCAAGUUCCCCAUCCCGUUCCUGGCCAGAUUCGUAAACGAGUUGGACAGAGAGUGAGGUCUCUACUUCCUCUGUGGUUCCCCUAUCCUGAGAAACUGAGUCUGGGAAGGACGCCUCAUAGCAGGCUGGGCAGAACCAGAACAACCUGCACUCUGCCAAGGUCGAGGUGGCGCGAGGGAGGGGCGCGGCCCGGGGCUCAUUCCAACCCGGCUACUGCCUGAAAUCACACCAUCUCAAUUUCAUCCCCCUGCCGGGGGGCUUCCCCCCUCCCCUGGAAUGCAGGUCCCAGGGCGGGAGGACACACACAAGCCUUUCCUGCCGGCGGCGGACGAUGAGGGUUCAGACCCUGUCUUGAGAGCAGGGUUUGUAAGGAACACGGGGUCAUGUGGCCCCUGAAGUAGACACAACAACAAAGUGCACUUACUUGACAGCUUUGGAAACUUAGCUCAUCUGGGUUCAAAUUCCAGCCUUACCACUUACCGGCUGUCUGACUUCAAGCAAAUGAAUCACUACUCGAAACCUCAGUUUCUUCAUCUGUAAGGUGGAGAUAAUAACACCUACUUCACGGCGGUGUGGCGAGGAUGAAAUUAAUUAACGAAAUGUCUAUAAAGUACUUAAUUGUGCCUGGCACAUGCACAGUGCCCAGGAAAUGUCCUGUUGUGAUGUUUUACAGUAAGUGACCCUCCCCCCCUCCCCCUCCCCCCCCCCCCCCCCCCCCCCCGCCCCCAGGAUGUGGCUUCACGCUGGGCAUUUUCUCGUGGGCUCACAUCACCCUGAUCUUCUCAGGAUUGCUCUGGGCCAGGCCAGAGGGGCUGGGCUAUCUGGGGGAGGUGGAAGGAAACAGGGUCUGAAGACAAAGGUUCCCUUCUGGCUGAGGUUGUAGGAGGAAGUUGUUUAAGGGUGGGAGUGCCGUUCCCAGAGGACAGCUCACCAGAGGCGGUGAACAUCUCUCUUCCUGCUCCUAAGUAAGGAAAGGGCUCCUUGCUCAUGCCUCAGGGGGCUGGCACGUCCUUUGUCCCAUUUCCCUCUCAGAUGAGCCCUGUGAUAAGAUAACCGAGGCCCAGAGAGAAGGGACUCGGGGAGGGGCACCAUGACUUAGCUGGAGCUCAAACCUAGUGCUUUUCAUCCUCAUCACGAGAAGGAACUUUCCACGCUGGUUUGGAUGCUCAGAGAUGAGACUCACGGGGAUUAAAGAAGGGGGCCCCAAUGGGGUCCUUAAGGGGUCAGGACCUGUCAUCACCCUCCUGUCCCGAAGCCCGUUCUGAAUAUUUCUGAAAAACAGGGCCAAAGUCGGGUUGCCUGAGCAUGACCUUCCCGAAUAUAGUGUCCUCUCUGCUCUGUACCCAGAUAUGUCUCCCCUCCUCUUCCUCACCCCCCCCCCCCACAACACAGCACCAGGUGCUGGUGCUAUUAUCUGUUUGUAAUUAAUACUUAACAUCUUCGGGGUCACUGGUCUAGACCUAAUAUCUCCAUAACAGAAGGGUGGGCCACCCUCCUGAUGACCCCAGCCCGCUCUCUCAGCAGCCGCUGAGGCGGCCCCAAUGACUGUUCCCCUCCCCCCACACUGCAAACAAGUCUGCUUUCUGUCCCUUGAGGUGAACCUGGCCAAAGGUUGACUCUCUUCACCUUGUUCAGUAAUGAGAAACAGUUUGACUGUUCUCACCAGGUAAGAGGGUUGAGGAGUCACAGAGAUGAUGUUUUUAGGCCCUAAACACCUCUUCUGACUCACCGGGCUGCGAAGGUCUCUAAGCAACUCAGGGUGACAGACAGAUGUCCCAACUACUCCCUGACUCUCGGAGGGUGGUGUCUGAGUGCCUGAGGAGAGAGAUGAAUGGCUCUGAGCCCUGUGACCCUCCUCAGGACGCCCUGUCCCCACUGAGGGACAGGCACCAGGUCUCUGGUCUCCCAAGCAGGCAGCCCAGACCUGCAGAUAGGGCUGGAAGCAGCUAGAAGGCAGAGUGUCUGAGGCCCCCUGGAGCUGGGAUGAGGCACUGGCAUCCCUGAGUGUCCUAGGCCCUGACCCCAUUACCAGGACUCCCCAUAGCCUGGCCCCAUCUAGCCCAGUGUUCACAGCAGAGCCCGGCCCAGGAGUAAACACAGCUUCCCCGGCCCCACCCCAGCCCUGCUAAAUCCACCGCUCCUGGGGCAUCUGUAUUUCUAAUAAACACCUUCGGCGAUUCCUCUCGGGCAGGUGGAGGGAACAAUGCCCUCACACCACCAGUUUCCCUGUCCACAGCCUCAAAUCACCUCCCUGGAGUCACCCAUCCCCUGGGUGGGGGUGGGGGUCCAGGCUACUCGGGUAGCACAUGCACCUGUGAAGUCCGCAGACCUCUGGCCUCUCAAGGCCCCCGGCCCCAGGAACAUACAGGGGUUGCCUGAGUCUCCUACCCAGAGAAUAGGGCCCCUGGGACUGGACCCCUCUGGGGUCCCCGAGGCUGGAUCCCUCUGCGCCCCUCCCAGGUCCGAGUGUCAGCCUGAACAAGGAUGUUAUGACCACAUGUCAGGGCCAAGGCUUGUCCCCUGUCGCUGUCCCCACCCCAGCUUCCAGAAAGUGGGACAGAGACAGGAAUGGCCUCACCUGCUGUUGCUGGUGGGUCACAGCCCUGAGACCCUAGCCCCCUGCUCAGCCCCUGGGGCUGCUUGAGCCCGUUUUCCUUUCUCACUCCAAGGAGGAAGCGGCAUAAGGAAGAUACGC